AUGAGAAUUGAAACAAAACUUAUUUCAUUCACGCUUCUGUUUAGUGUAAUGUUGAUGGAAGCAAAAUUACAGAUUGGGGAAGAUUUUGCAUCUUUCCGGAAGAUGUUAUUCCACUAUCUGUUUCCUCAGGAUUCUCAUGUAGUGAGAGUAAGAAAGCUAGAAGAAAUCCAAACAGUAAACAACGUAACUACAUUAGAUUUCAUCGGAUUAGUAGAGAGAUAUGGCUACCCUGCCGAGGAGCAUUACGUCACAACAGAAGAUGGUUACAAUUUGGUGAUACAUAGAAUGUCAGGAAAUCCUUUAUCUAUAAGUCAAAAGAAAAAAACCGUUGUGUUCUUUCUAGGUGGUCUCUUUUGUUCAUCUGAUAUCUGGGUGUUAGUCGGUCCUAACAAAGACCUUGCAUUUUUAUUAGCUGAUGAAGGAUAUGAUGUAUGGCUUGGAAAUUAUAGGGGAAAUACUUAUUGCAGAUCACAUGUAAAGUUGUCUCCACAAAACAAGGAAUUUUGGCAAUUUAGUCAUCACGAAAUAGGAACGAGGGACCUUCCUGCUAUGAUUGACUAUAUACUUAAUUAUACAAAUCAAGAAACUAUGCAUUCUGUUAGUAUCUCAAUGGGAGGUACCGUAUUAUUUAUUCUAUUAUCCAUGAAGCCCGAAUAUAAUGCAAAAAUAAAACUAGGAAUCUGCUUUGCUCCGAUUGCCAUAUGGAAAGAAGUAUCUCCUGCAAUGAAAUAUUUAUCUAAUAUGACACCAAGUUUAAAGGAAAUUUUUGAUUCCAAUGAAAUAUAUGAAAUAUUAACUUUAACAUCAAUGGGUAUUAAGAUGGCAAGAACGCUGUGUGUAGAUAAUACAAUUACUCAGGCUGUCUGUGUUGCAGCAAUAUACCUAUUAGCCGGAUACGAUCCAGUGCAACUUAAUACUACGAUGAUGCCAACAAUAUUUUCGAAUUAUCCGGCAGGAUCUUCUGUACAAUUAGUAGAUCAUUAUUUCCAAAAUAUAAUUGCAAAAAAAUUUCAAGCAUAUGAUCAUGGAUAUUUUGGCAAUUAUAAGCACUACGGACAAAAUACCCCCAUAAUAUAUAACCUUACCAAAAUUACUGCACCUAUGGCUAUAUAUUAUGGCAAUAACGAUUUGAUUGCUACAAAAGCGAAUACCCUUGAAAUAUAUAAGCAUCUACCGAAUGUCAUUCUGCUGGAGGAAAAUAAAUUAUUUAACCAUUUCGAUUUUAUAAUCGCCAUUAACGCUAAAACUCUAGUAUUCGAUGGAAUAAUUGAACUACUUCAGAAAUUUAAUAAUGAUUUGUAG